AUGCAGCCCUCCUUCAACGCUUCCUUUCUUCUUCCUCUUCUGCUUCUUCUCGUCUGGGCUCCGCUCCAACUUCACGUCGUCGCCGCUCCCUCGACCUCGGGUACACCCGAUAAGCUGAACAGCCAGUUCCCCCCGCCCCAGCCUCAGCCAUGGAAGCUUCGCAACAUAUUCCCGCAGGUGGCCUGGCUGAGGGACACCGCCGUGGAGAAGGUGUUUGGCUUGCCACCAAAACCCGCCAAGGCCGACUUUGACGCCUCUCUCUCGCGUUCAUCCUCCCAACUUCCGUCCACACUGCUGGCCAAAUAUGGCGGAGAGGUGGUCCUCCGAUUCAAUCUUAGUACUCCAUAUGAAGAGCGGAUGUUAGCAGAGGCUGCGGAUACCCUAUUUCUGGACGUGUGGGAGUUUACAAGCAAUUGGGCCGAUAUCCGCCUCAGAGAGGAGGAUGUACCAUCACUCCUUGGGUUACUCCCCGACUCUUUACAAAAGGCAUAUUCACAUCUUAUGCCGGAUCUGGCAAAGACCAUCUACCAAUCUUACCCCUCUGUGCCCUCUUCGGAGCCGUCAUUUCCACCGACCCAUGCACACGCCUUUACACCUUCAUUGAAGACCUCAGAUGGAGUUGACAAUAUAUUCUUCCGAGAUUACCAACCCUUGUCGGUUAUCGUGCCAUGGAUGCGUCUCAUGGCGUCCAUGUUCACCACCCAUGUGCGAAUGAUCAAUAUUGGUACAACAUAUGAGGGACGAGAUAUUCCUGCCCUCCGAAUUGGGGUAUCCCCUAGCCUCCCCCAAGAGCCUUCGGAGCCUCGCAAGACCAUCCUUAUAUCUGGAGGUCUACACGCUCGAGAGUGGAUAUCAGUAAGCACUGUGACAUAUAUCGCCUGGAGUCUGAUCACUUCAUAUGGCAAGUUCCCGGGAAUAACUAAACUUCUACAAGAGUUCGAUUUUGUGAUGAUCCCUACCAUCAACCCCGACGGUUAUGUGUAUACUUGGGAGAAUGAUCGCCUGUGGCGGAAGAACCGUCAGCAAACGAGCCUUAGAUUUUGCCGCGGCCUUGAUUUAGACAGGGCGUUCGGAUUUGAAUGGGAUGGCAACACAAUGAACCCCAAUCCAUGUUCGGAAAGCUACCCCGGUGAGGAAGCUUUCCAGGCUGUAGAGUCACAUAGAUUGGCUGAAUGGGCCAAGAACGAGACCGAAAACAAUGGCGUCAACUUUGUCGGCUUCCUUGACCUCCAUUCUUACUCGCAGAAGGUGUUAUACCCGUACUCCUAUUCGUGCAGUGCCGACCCACCCAGUUUGGAAAAUCUGGAAGAACUAGGAAUGGGACUGGCCAAAGCUAUCAGGAUAUCUUGUGGGGAGCAAUACGGCGUUGCCUCUGCAUGCGAGGGCGCCAUCCCAUCACAAUUCGCGGCCACCGGUGGGUUCUCACGAAUGGAGACAGGAGGCGGCUCAGCGAUCGAUUGGUUCUAUCAUGAACUGCGCGUCCGGUACAGCUACCAGAUCAAGUUAAGGGAUACUGGAAGCUAUGGGUUUUUAUUGCCAAAGGAGAACAUCGUCCCCACAGGCGAGGAGGCUUUCAAUGCGGUUAAGUAUUUUGGGGAUUUCCUUCUGGGGAACAAAGGCAUCGAAACUAAUCUCCUGGAUGAGCUACAUCAAGGGGUUUUGGAUUUGACGACUUCAAACGAUGAUGAGGCUGAGCCAAUGACCGAGGAGGAAGUUGAGUUUGAGGACGAAGAUAUCAACUGGGAGCUAAAGCGGAGGAGGAGGUAA